UUCGUGUUUAAGGUUAUUUUACGUGAGAUUCACGCUCUUCAUGAACUUGAUAAGCUAUAAAAAAAGUUACCAAAUCCUAAAUCAUGAAAAAUUUUAAGAACCACGAAUAUGUUAACACAAUCCAUAAACUUGACUUGAGCCAUGAAUCUUGUGGGAUACGGGCUUUGCCCUCCAUGCCCAAUUCGGCCCAAACACAAAUAGAACAAGUCAAGAAAGCUCCUAACAAGGAAGAACGGCCAUCAGAACAACGGCCCAUCAGAAUGACUGCUCGGCCCAUCACGGCUUGGUCCAACCCGAUAAAUUCAGAAGGGCAAAACAGAGAAAUCGCAAGAGAGACUAAGAGAACCCUAGAUCAGCUCCUUGCCUAUAAAUAAGAGGAGACACUACUAAGAAGAGAGAUCCAGAACCUAUCACCACUCAGAGAAUUUAAGAGAGAAUUGCUGUCUAGCUCUUUAUCUCUUACUUUCUGGUUUUCCAUUCUGUAUUUUCUGGUUUUCCGACCAUUAAUAUCGGUUUUCCGACCUGUACUUUCGGUUUUCCGUUCUGUACUUACGGUUUUCCGUUCUGUUAAUUACUGUCUUUCCGUUCGUCAUUAAUAAAGAAGUUACUCCAUUCUCCCCAAACCCCUUAAUCAUUAUUGUUACAACCUC